UAAUCUGGAUGAGAGACAUUCUGGAAAGAAGGAACAAGCUGGUUCACUACCAACACUCGUCCCACCCAUGCUCCUGCUGCUGCUGUAGUUUUUUCUCCAGUUUUUCCUUCUGCUUCCAGUUGCCUUUGCACGCAGUGGGCCCGGAAGUGAUCUGCCUCUCUGCAUUUUGGAUGCGCUGAGCCGACCCAGCAGCACAGCAGUCCGGGUCCACGGUAUAUGGAAGUGGUGAGCUGCAAGGCAGAAGCAGCCGCUCGCACGUUGCGCCCUGCAGGACCGGGAGCCAUGCUUUUCCACGGGAUCUCCGGGGACCACAUCCAAGGGAUCAUGGAGGAGAUGGAGAGAAGGUCCAAGUCGGAGUCUCGCUUGGCCAAGACCAUGCAGAUCAACGGCAGAGAGACGACCAUGCCCUCCAUGAGCCCGGAGAAGCCCGCCCUGUGCGCCGGCUGCGGGGGCAAGAUCUCGGACAGAUACUACCUCCUGGCCGUGGACAAGCAGUGGCACCUGCGCUGUCUCAAAUGCUGUGAAUGUAAACUUGCGCUGGAGUCGGAGCUAACGUGUUUCGCCAAGGAUGGCAGCAUCUACUGCAAAGAGGAUUACUACAGAAGGUUCUCGGUGCAGAGGUGCGCGCGCUGCCACCUGGGCAUUUCCGCCUCGGAGAUGGUGAUGCGCGCGCGAGACUCCGUGUACCACUUGAGCUGCUUCACGUGCACGUCGUGCAACAAGACCCUCACCACGGGCGACCAUUUCGGCAUGAAGGACAGCCUCGUCUACUGCCGUCUGCACUUCGAGAGCUUAGUGCAGGGCGCCGACUACCACCCGCAGCUCAACUUCGCCGAGCUGGCGGCCAAGGGCGGCGGCGGCGGCGGCGGCGGCGGCGCCCUCGGCCUGCCCUACUUCAACGGCACCGGCACCGGCACGGCGCAGAAGGGUCGGCCGAGGAAGAGGAAGAGCACCGCCAGCAUGGGCUUGGACUUACCUAGCUAUAACACAGGCUGCAACGAGAACGACGCGGACCAUUUGGACCGGGACCAGCAGGCCUACGCCCCGACGCAGAAGACCAAACGCAUGCGGACCUCCUUCAAGCACCACCAGCUGCGGACGAUGAAAUCCUACUUUGCCAUCAACCACAACCCGGACGCAAAGGACCUCAAGCAGCUGGCCCAGAAGACGGGCCUGACCAAAAGAGUUCUGCAGGGAGAACAAAUCUUGGGGCAUUACAGCCAUACAUCCCGACGUUUGAAAAUUCCCUAAAGUAUUAACAGAAGGGGGAAACUUUGAUGGGAGUUCCUCACCAUUGAAGACAAAGACAAUAUUAGGUUAAGAUGAUAUAGCAUAUUGAGAUCAAAUAUUCAGUUGAAAGUGUACAGCAGAUGUUGUUGGCCACACAAAACAUGUGUUGUUUGAAUCUAUCAACUAAGGAGACUGCACCAUGUACAGUAUGAGACCAAUGAUGCCACUGAACGUCUGUAUUGGAAUGACUCAUGCGAAACUAUGACAAUAAAAUGUAUUGUGACAUAGCAAAAAGAAACUCAAACAACUCCACAGAGGCCACACCAUGCACAUGUAAACCAAAUGAGACGGUAUGGAUAUCUCACACACACACACACACACACACACACUCACGCACGCACGCACACACAAGCACCUCCCACUAAUUUGACUCUCCUAUAUGUAGUAAGCACAGUACAGCAUAUACUGUACAUGCCAUUCAGUCUUGGUUCUCUACCACACACUCACUGCCCCCACUCGCCCAAGAACCGUCCUUCUACAAUAUAUGGAAGUUUUCUAUGUUGUCACAAGUCCUUUUUGCAAGCACACGGCCUCCUUGAAAGUGGGCAGCAGCAGGAGCAGCAGCAGCAGGAUGCCCGUCAAAUGUGACGCGCGCAUGAAGACGACUGCAGAGCUGGAGCUUUGCCAUCUGUCCGUGCCGAGGGAUGUGAGGAUGUGAACAAAACAGAGAAAUACAUCAAGGAGAGCUUCUCAUUUUGCAUGCGCCUUAUCAUCUUGUUAACGUUAUCCUUGAGAUGUACAGGUAUAUUAUUUCAUUUGAGUCACUGCGUGAUUGAUUGUCCGCUGCAAAAUGUAACACAUGAAAUCAUGUCCCUGACACGCAAUUGGAGAAGCUAGACAUCCAGUAUUCUUUGCAUUCAGCACGCUGUAGGUGAAAGGUCACAUGACCAUUUUGUGCACAUGACACCAGGAGUUCUAAGGUGUGACAUAACAUGUUCAAAUAUUAAUUUUAGCUUUGCUGAUUUCAAAUCUCAUCUCCAUAGCGUAUUCAAAGGCAGUGUUACAAUGUACAGUAAUAUUGUGAAAGUGAGCAUGAGCAUAAUCUAUUGUGACAACUUUUCUAUCUUAGAAUCACAUUUAUUGCCAAUUAAAAAUUGCCAAUUGGGAUGAAAUAAAAGUCGCCAUGAUUUUCUGAUGACUGCAGCAAUGCUAGUUUAUUUUAACAGUUCAACAUUAAAGUUUCAAAUACCUUCA